AUGGAACACCAAAUCAUCACCUAAAACGUCUACGCUCCUGAUACUGAAGCCAAGCUUGAUGUUGCUAGAAAGCUUUUUGCUUAGUUUGAUUCUAACAAGAACGGUACUUUAGAUCCUAGCGAAGUUGCUGGACUCAUCAAGACUACUUUUGAAAAUAUGGGUGUUAAGGACUACAGCGUCACUGCUGAUGAUGUCAAGCUUUACAUGAAGAGUGUUGAUGUUGAUAACAACGGUCUUGUUUCCUACUCUGAAUACGAAGAAUACGUCAUUGCUUGCCUCAAGAAAGCUGGCUUCGACUGUGAAGUUAAGGAAAAGGUAAAAAGAUCUGCCAAAAAGAGAGACGCUGCUACUGAAAUGAAGUUGGACGUUGCCAGAAGACUCUUCGCUAAGUACGACUCUGAUAAGAGUGGUUAAUUAGAAGAAAAGGAAGUUUAUGGUGUCAUUACUGAAACCUAUAAGCAAAUGGGUAUGGAUUACAAGCCCACUGAAGCUGAUGUUAAGCUUUGGAUGUCCAUGACUGAUACUGAUAAGAAUGGAACUGUCUCUAUUGUUGAAUAUGAAGAUUUCGUCAUUUCUGGUCUUAAGAAGGCUGGUUUCAUGGUCAAGGAAUUCACUCAAGCUUGA